AUGGCCCCCGGCACUAGAAAUCACCCAAACCGAGAGGGAUCCUCUGGAUCUAAUCAGAAUGAUACUCCGGACCCUCUUGUUGCUGCUGCUACCCAAUUCUUCCAGUCAAUGGUUAGCGGCCAAUUUAUGGCGCCUAGAGCUCCACAGGCCGGUUGUACCUUGGAGCAAUUUUCCCGCCAGCAUCCCCCUACUUUCGAUGGCAGACUGAAUUCCUUGGAUGCGGAAAGCUGGAUUGAGCGUUUGGAGCAGAUUUUUGAAGCGCUCUACUGCGCGGAUGAUCAGAAGGUGAAAUAUGCCACUUACCAUUUGACUGACAUGGCAAACAAGUGGUGGAAGUCGACUCGAGUUUUAGUGCAGCUGGAAUUAGGGGAAGCAGUCCCCAUUACUUGGGAUCAUUUCAAGAGGAUCUUUCUAGAUCACUUUUUCCCACGGACCCUUCGGGAGUCGAGAGCUCGCGAAUUUAUGGACCUUACUCAAGGAACGAUGACGGUAGCACAGUAUGCUACGAAAUUCAUGGAGCUUUCUCGGUUCGCCAGUUACUUAAUUCCAGAUGAGGAAAAGAAAGCUGAGAAAUUCGAGCGCGGACUGGAUCGUAGGAUUCGAGAACGUGUGCGUACUCUCAGGAUUCGGAGUUUCACGGAGCUAGUCACCCGAGCUACCAUUGCUGAAGAAGACCUCCAAGAGAGCUUUGAGUACAACAAUCAAAGGAAGCGCCAGCAACAGCAACAACUCCAGACAGUGUCGCAUAAGGACAAGAGGCCUCACAUCGAGAAUCGUCAAAGGCCGCCACCAGCAGGGCAAACUUACCCCACGUGUGCAACAUGUGGAAAGCGACAUUUGGGAAAGUGCAUGUAUGGCCAGAAUGUGUGCUUCAAGUGCGGGAAGCCAAACCAUCUAGCUCGGGACUGCCCAAUUAAGAAACCUGGGGAACCAGGUAGGAGUGGAGGACAGAAGAUGCAAGCUACGGCAAGAGUUUAUACCCUCACCCCUGUUGAUGCUGAGGCAUCAAAUGAUGUAGUCACAGGUACCUUUCGUUUUUUUUUCUAA